AGUGAACCGGCGCGCUAAAAAUACGCGAGCAGAGUCACUUGCUGCAGGCACACACACACAGACGCUACGGAGAUGAACGCCCUCCUGCUGGCGGCUUCGCUGCUGGCGCUGGCUCCAGGCCUCCGGGCGGCCGAGGUGCUGGGCAUCUUCCAGUCGGUGGGCCGCAGCCAGUGGGUGCUGGCCGAGACGUACCUGCGGGCGCUGGAGCGGCGCGGCCACCGCAUCACCGCCGUCACCACGUUCCCGUCCAGCCAGGGCAGCACCACAGGCAGCUGGACGGAGAUCCUCAUACCCAACCUUUUCGAAACCGAAGAGGAGAUAGACUUCUUCGAGAUGAGCACCAGCAACAGGUUCGUAGAAAUGAUAGAGACCAUAACGUACGGGCAGGCUUUCUGCGACCUGUUUCUGAAGGACGAGAACGUGCAGCGGCUGUACAGAUCCGGGAAGAAGUUCGACGUGGUCGUGCUCGAGGUGGUGAUGUCGGAGUGCCUCGUGGGCUACGCGCACUUGUUCAGGGCGCCUGUCGUGGCCAUCUGCACCUUCGUGGGGCUCGACUGGAUGGCCCACAUGGUGGGGAACCCCAUGCCGUACGCGUACGUGCCUUCCCCGUUCCUCGGCUACAGCACGCCCAUGAAUUUUCUCGAGCGGCUGGACAACACGGUUUACUCGCUGACCUUCAAUUUGAUUCGCAACCUCUACUACAUGCCGAAAGUGGACGCCCUCUUCCGGACCCACAUGAACGACAGCACGCUGCCCAGCCUGUCGGAUUUCGAGAGGCGUACGUCGCUGCUGCUGGUCAACUACCACUUCUCGCACGGAUGUCCGAGGCCCCUAGUGCCCGCCAUGAAGGAAGUCGGCGGUCUGCACGUCAGGGAACCCAAGAAGCUGCCACAGGACUUGCAGAAGUUUCUGGACGAGGCGACAGACGGCGUGAUAUACUUCAGCAUGGGGUCGAACGUGAAGAGCAAGCACUGGCCGGCCGAGAAGCGGCAGGCCUUCGUGGACGUCUUCUCGAGGCUGCGGCAGCGGGUGCUCUGGAAGUGGGAGGCCGACUCGCUGCCGGGGCAGCCCCCCAACGUCAGGACGGGCAAGUGGCUGCCCCAGUCCGACAUACUCGCCCACAAGAACGUGCGCGCCUUCAUCUCGCACGGCGGGCUGCUGAGCACGCAGGAGGCGAUAGCGCGCGGCGUGCCCGUGGUGGCGCUGCCCGUGUUCGCCGAGCAGCAGCUGAACGCCGUCCAGGCCGUGCAGCAGGGCUUCGCCGUGCUGCUGCAGCUGCGCAACGUCACCGCCGAGUCGGUCCACUGGGCGCUCGACCAGGUGCUCAACGAGCCCAGGUACCGCGAGAACGCACAGCGGUUGUCCCGGAUCUUCAACGACCGGCCGGUGAAGCCGCUGGACGAGGCUGUCUACUGGACAGAGUACGUGAUCAGGCACCAGGGAGCACCACACCUCAGGUCCGCGGCGCUGGACCUCGCCUGGUACCAGUACUUCCUGCUAGAUGUCGUCGCCGUGCUGGUAGCCGCGGCCGCGGUGCUGCUCCUAGCGGCGGGGAUCGCAAUCAGGGCCGUGUUGCGGCUGUUCGCCGGCAAAAAGGCAGCGCCGCCUCAAACCGCGAAGAAAUCAAGGAAGACGCACAAGAAGGAUUGAGCUUACUUGGUUUACCGUGUUUUUACAUCUGACAUAAGCUCUGUGAAAAUUUCAAGCUGAGAAAUGCUAAUUAUUCAUACUCAUGUCCGCGUAAAAUAAAUCGCCCAUCUUCUGCUUUCUUCAUACGGUGAUGAAAUGUUGCAUAAGACCUUAGAAACGCUUCUCAAGUACACUGGCGAACUAAUCGCAAUACAGGUAACAGAACUACUUCAGAGAGUAGUAUGUCAGACGCACUGUGACGUCUGUCAGCUGCGAAUAACUUUAAGAUACUGGUCGAGAAAACCUCCGUAAAUGGCGACAGUAAUGUAAGAGAUGGCCUACACAUCAAUUUUUAUUACUGCGAUAGUGACACGGCCUUAAUAAUAGCAAUAAAAAUUAUUAUACAGUUUCAUCCGAAAAUCUAGGGAUUCAGCUGCAAAUAUUGUACUCAUAUGAGGAUAGGAGACUCACUUUUGCGUGUGAUAUCUGUGUCAUUUGGAAACAACAAUAUGAUAUCCGAGUCAGCUUAGAUAAGCUUUCUGAGGAAAUGGGGUGGUGGAUUGGCAGGGUGUGUGGGGAGCAGGGAGUUAAGCAUUGUUUGACUUACGAUCACAUCAAAAAUUAAGUUAUACAAACUGGCUAUUUCUGAAUCCAUUAACUAUUGGCGCAAUUGAAUACAGACGGGAUUGAAUUUAUAGUGUGACAUUCAUGAAGAGAAGUACAACACCAGAAGCCAGAACAGAGCAGCAAAAAAGUGCUACAAUCCUAUCAUCAUAAGAGUAAGCCUGAUGUCAACAUUGCACUACGUAUUCUUCCGCGUUUGCUGUAACCUCAUUGGAUUUCCGAUUCACGUGGGACUGCAGCCAAGCUGUCUCGAGUACUGUCGAGUACGUUAAUAAGGGUACGUUUUGUGCUGGGAGUUACGCGCACAUCGACUUGGCGGUAAUAUCGGCGCAUUUAACUUGGACAGCAGUGGCCAGUCAUCUGGUGCAGCUAGCCUGCAGUGACGUGGCCAGCUGCAGUUCACACGUAAAGCGAGACUAGCAGAGGUGCAAUGCAGCUUCGAAUGUCGUUUAAUUUUUAAGCAGAAUGAAAUAAUACACUGCAAAGCUCCCGCAAUACGUUCCUACUAGACUACUAGACGAAAACCGCAACACGUUCUCGUUUUUAGCUAACGGACUAUUGUAAUCAAAAAUAAGACUCAUGAAAAUUUCUGACGUAACCACAGGGUAAUUUUUCUGCAUACGCUGUGUGUAACGUAAGAGGGUAUUGAAGGAUUUCACCGUAUAGUUAAAUAUUGAAGCUAGUGAAGGUAUUACUUACAGUCAGUCGCCUGGAAAUCUCGUAGCCCCUUCCUUAUCCGAAUCCGAUAAAUACAUUUCACUUCUGGAAGUGUCACCUGCUACGUUGAUCAACAACAGCGUCCACGAAGCCAACGAGGCGCAGCACUUUCUCUUGUUUUAUGACGAGCCGUUCCGUAGCCCACCAGCGUUUGGCAGUGACGUGUGAAAAAGCCGCGUGCGUUAGUUCCAGUACGGCUGGCAGCUUAACAGCCUUGUUACUUCUCGGGCCAAAUCCCGCAGCUUGGCUCCAGAUCGGUAGCAAAUGUAAUAACGCAGCAUUUGUAUGAUGUGCUCGAUGCUGUGAAAAUGGUUAUUCUUUAUGUUUCUACGAUACUUAUGUACCUCUGUGGUAUAAAACGAUGGACAUAAUCCAAAU